CUCCAGCUCAACUGAUUGCACAUUUCUGUGUUCUUUAUAAUUCAACUGAGGAAGAAAAGUCAAAAGUAGAAAGAGGAAAGAGUGAGCUACAGGUGGAGUAGCCAUGGAUUUAAAGGCAGCCUGUUGAAACCACACAAAUGUUUCCUUAACUGUAAUCUUUUACAACACAGUGGCUUCACAUUGGACUGUAAAAUACAUCUUCUGGAAAUAUCAAAGACAGAACAAACAAGAGUUAUAAAUAAACCAAGACUGGAAAAAGUGGGAUUAAGAAGACUGAAAUCAAGUGAAAUUCUCAGUUGGACAUAAUGAACUCCAUUUUAGGAGCCCUGCUGCUCAUGAAAUGCCUAGUGGUGUCUGCAAAUAGCAGCACUUUGUCACCUGGGACAAUUACGACUACAUCGACAGGCAAUACAACAAAUGGGACAAUUACGACUACAUCGACAGGCAGUACAACAACUGGGACAAUUACGACUACAUCGACAGGCAGUACAACAACUGGGACAAUUACGACUACAUCGACAGGCAGUACAACAACUGCAUCUACACCUACAACAUCUACAACCAAAAUUGUACCAGAAAUUAAAAACCUUACAGUUCUUGCUCUGAGUACCAGUGAGCUGAAUGUCAGCUGGUCUUCCAACCCACAAAACUGCACCUUCAGCGUGAUGUACAACUUAACAAACAUCACCUCAGCAAUUCCACCUAUACUGCUUGAGAAUCUGAUAGCGGGCCACAUCUAUAAUGUAUCUGUUUCGGCUGAGUACGAUGGACAAAUGUCUGCAGUAGUGUCUCAGGCCAAUCAAACAUAUAUGGACUGCAAGAAAUAUAAGUGGAGGGUAAAUACCUCAGAAAUCUCAGUGAACAUCACAGAGCCAUUUCUGUAUGUAGAAGCUAAACAUGACAACGAGACUUACCUGUAUAACCACAGUGGUAAAGAGAUUCAUUUUCCGAACUUGUCUUCUGGAUGCGAAUAUAAUAUUUCCAUUAUCAGCGAAUUUGGUUUUACACUCUGCACAACAACUGUGUUCCUGGAUCCAUUACCAGUGACAGACCUGAAGACCAUCAACAGGACAAAAGAUCAGAUCACAAUGAGCUGGACACCACCAAGUGAUCGUUGCACCACGUCCUAUAAGUACAGGGUGUCUGUACCUACAAAAGAUAAUUACACUGUGCCAGACACACUAUUGCCCAUUACAGGUUUACAACCUGGAAGUGCCUAUAACAUAUGUGUGCAGUCUGUUACUUCUGGGAAUACCAGCAGCUCCAAUUUCUGUUUGACAGUCUACACUGAUCCAAGUAAUCCAAUAUUUACAACCAAAAACGUGACUACUACCUCGAUCGAAUUGCACUGGGAUGCUCCAAAAGAUACCAAUACUCAACAGUACAACUACUCAGUCAAAUGGUCUUCAGAAAAUCAAACAAGCAACGAAAAUAUUACAAAAAAUCUAUCCCUAAAUAUAUCUUCAUUGAGACCUGGGAAUUUGUACAAUAUAAUUAUUCAGUCUAUGAUUGCGGAUGUUAGUAGUGAAGGCCUGACAUUGAAAAUACUUACAGAACCUCUACCACCAAUUGCAAUUGCAGUAAAACAAAAUGGGACCACCACUAAUGUCACCUGGGGUAAGCCAACAGGCUCAAACAUCAGCGGCUUCUUCCUGAAAUAUACAAAUCGCACUCAAGAACUAUCAGAAGCUCAAAACUUCUGUCAGUUGACAAACCUAACUUAUGGAACAAAAUACAAUGUGUCUAUGUGGAGCUUUGUUACUGUGGAUGAGUUACUGGAAAACAGUUCUGUGCAAGGAGUGGAAUUUGUUGUAGACCCUGCAAUGAUUUCUCAAAUAAUUUGCCCAAGUAACUUCGGUGAGACCAGCAUAUACUUGUCAUGGUCAGUCCCAGAAGGAGAGUGGGACAAAAUCGAAAUGAAUGUGUCCAGUGGAAAACAAUACACAGUUCCAAAAAUCAGCUGCACAAAAGAAUGCGCACAAGAAAUUGAUGGACUGCUGCCAGCAACAAGCUACAAGUUCUUUCUGUCCACCAUGUCCUAUGGUGUAAAGUCUGCUCCGAUGAAGAUUGAGUGCUGGACGAGCAUAAUUGGUGUUGCUACUGGCACGACAGUCGCACUUCUCAUUCUAAUUCUUCUCAUCAUCAUUGUUAUCUUCAUUCUGAGGCGAUGUCGAGAACCUCCAAAGCCAUCUGGUUUCCCAAUUAAGCACUCCGACAGUAUGAAGAACAAGCCAAUCACAAUCAGCAAUUUUCCCAGUCACUUCUACUGCAAGCAUCGUGACACAGAUUUUGGUUUCUCAGAGGAUUAUCAGAGUCUUCGUUCUGUUGGCACAAACCAGUCAACCAAUGCAGCAUUGCUUCCAGGGAAUAAGAUUAAGAACCGGUUUACAAAUGUGUUGCCUUAUGACUGCUCCCGAGUCAAGCUUCAGAAAGGCCAAGAAAAUCCUUGCUCAGACUACAUCAAUGCAAAUUUCAUGCCUGGCUACAAUUCCAGCAAGGAAUUCAUUGCUGCUCAGGGGCCUCUGCCAAACACAGUAGCCAACUUCUGGCAAAUGAUAUGGGAGCAAAAUGUGCAAGCAGUCGUCAUGGUGACAAAUUGUGAAGAAGGAAACAGGGUGAAGUGUGAGCAAUACUGGCCUAAAGAUUGUAAACCUUGUGUCUAUGAGGACAUUUCAGUGACUACUGUAUCAGACACGGAGAUGAAGGAGUGGACUCUGCGAGAAUUUAAUGUGAAACAUACUGCAGACCUCAAGUCAACCCUUGCAGUGAAGUUUACAAAGCAGGAACUGACCUUGAAUGGGGCAGCCAACAGUCUUGUGUGGCCAGGAGAACUAACAGAAUGGCUUUGGAAAGUGCAAAGAAAGCUCACUUUGCCCAGAAUGCACUCCUGUUAGUAACUGAACAUGUGUCCAAGUAGUGCUGAAGACUUGAAUCAAGUGACUUGAACUUGAGUUGAUUUGAGUCACACUCUCUAUGACUUGUGACUUGACUUGAACUUGACAGUUAAUGACCUGAAACUUGAAUUGACUUGCAGGAAGAAGACUUGAGAUAAAACAAACAAACAACAUGGCUCCCUUUUUCUCCUUUGUAGUCCCUGAACUUUCUGUGGGAUGCAACACUUUCAGAGCAAUCAAUAAGUUUUCAUGUUUCAUGCACUUGGAGCAGUACAUUGGCCAGUAGGAAUGGCUAAGAUACAUAAUCUGUGUAAUAAACAUUAAGCAAUCUAACAUGAAGCAAAGUAUUUUAAUGUAAAUGCAUACAAUAUGGGUACCGAAUAGUAAAGAACAGUACGGCUGAGCCAAAAAUAAUAGCCUGUGGAUUUUUAAAUUUUAAAGUAGAAGACAAACACCAAACCAUUGUUUGUAAAAGAUGUGGAACUACAAUUACUGAUGGGAUGGCGCAUCUUCCAGUUUCGUGAGGCAUUACCAAAGGCAGCAUAUAGUGUGGUAAGCUAUUAGUCCCUGACUUCUAAAAUGAACAAUAUGGUGUCAGGGAAACACAUAACCAUAUGUAUCAUUAAAAGUUGUACACUGUGCUUCAACUUUAAUUGCAUCUUCUUUCUUUCACUGCUUACUGAAAUAUUCUUCAAAUUUUUUUUUUGUGAAAUGUGCUAUUAUUUUCAAUAACUCAAAAAUAGAGCAUUUUUAAUUUUAUGAAAAAACAUUUUUGUUUAACAGAGACUGUGUUGUGGUUUCUAUGGUAUUUCAGCACAAGCAUAAAAGUAUGAAAAGGUCCUUAAGUUAAUAGUUUUACUCUCUAAUGAACCAGCCCAACAUUCUUAAUAAUGCCAGUCUACAGGAUUUUGUUCACUCAUGUGCACUGCAGGCCUUAGGAAUCACAAUUAAACAAAAUAUCUACAGAUAGUGUAACUUUAGAUGCUGCUGCCAUGACAAGUAAUAAUGACUAUGCUACCACUAUAAUAUAUUAUCUUUAGUCAACAUUCAUUUUUGCUGUAUACAAUGCUUAAUGUAAUAUUCCAGACUUGACCAUAAGACCAUAACUGACAGACAUUUAUUAAUUUAGUUGCAAAGUGUAGAAAAAAUAUGCUACAUUUGUUAUUUGUUGCCUUUUUUCUAAUUCAUUAUCUGUGAAGAAUAUCUGAAGACCAAGAUGGUAACCCUUUGCAGCCAAGCAUCCCUCAGUUUAUUACAAGUGCUGUUAAACUUUUAUAACUCCAACCACCCUCAACAAAAGCUCAUCGCCAAUGUAAUAUUAUCAGACUUUCCCCUCUCAAAAGUUGAACACUUCUUGGUAGCAAGUAUACACCAUUCUGCCAGAAAGCUAUCCAUCCAUGCAUUAUCCAACCCGCUAUAUCCUAACUACAGGAUCACGGGGGUCUGCUGGAGCCAA